AUUGGCAGCUUGGAGAACUACUACCACUUCCACCACAGCAAGACGUUCAAACGCUCCACGCUGAGCAGCCGGGGACCCCACAACUUCCUCCGCAUGGACCCCAAGGUGGACUGGCUGCAGCAGCAGGAGGUGAAGAGGCGGGUGAAGAGGCAGGUCCGAGGUGACCCACACCCCCUGCCCUUCAACGACCCGGUGUGGCCCAACAUGUGGUACCUGCACUGCAGCGACAAAAGCAGCCGCUGCAGGUCGGAGAUGAACAUCCUGGCAGCCUGGCAGAGGGGCUACACUGGCAAAAACGUGGUGAUCACCAUCCUCGACGAUGGUAUAGAGAGGAACCACCCCGACCUCCUGCAAAACUACGACCCUCUUGCGAGCUACGACGUCAACGGGAACGACCACGACCCGACCCCGCGCUACGACGCCAGCAAUGAGAAUAAGCACGGCACUCGCUGCGCGGGGGGGGGGGCAGGAGCAGCCAACAAAACUUUUUUCAACGCCCGCAUCGGAGGCAUUCGUAUGUUAGAUGGCGAUGUAACAGAUGUUGUUGAAGCGAAGUCGCUUGGCAUCAGACCCGAUUACAUUGACAUUUACAGCGCGAGCUGGGGGCCAGAUGAUGAUGGGAAGACAGUUGAUGGACCUGGUCUAUUGGCCAAGCAGGCUUUUGAGCAUGGCAUUAAAAAG